CUGGCCGCACACGGCAUGCAAGUGUGCUGUACGUUAACAGGUUGGCGGCUUGGGGUUUACCAGAGCUUUCCUGUGUUUGCAGAGCUCAACAAGAAUCCAGUGGAAGGAUUUUCAGCUGGUUUAAUAGAUGACAACGAUCUGUACAGAUGGGAAGUCCUCAUCAUCGGCCCCCCAGACACGCUGUAUGAAGGGGGUGUUUUCAAAGCUCAUCUCACUUUCCCAAAAGACUACCCCCUCAGACCACCAAAAAUGAAGUUCAUCACAGAGAUAUGGCACCCAAACGUUGACAAAAAUGGUGAUGUGUGCAUUUCCAUCCUUCACGAACCUGGGGAAGAUAAAUAUGGCUAUGAAAAGCCCGAAGAGCGCUGGCUUCCCAUCCACACGGUGGAAACCAUCAUGAUUAGUGUCAUUUCUAUGCUGGCAGAUCCCAACGGAGACUCGCCCGCGAACGUGGACGCAGCCAAAGAAUGGAGGGAAGACCGAAAUGGAGAAUUCAAGAGGAAAGUAGCCCGCUGCGUGAGAAAAAGCCAAGAGACUGCUUUCGAGUGACUUUUGUUUAGCAGCUCGUAGCUUCACUUUUUCAGGGUCUCCACUUGGGAAACAUGGCACUCUCCCCACCUAGCUGGACUGAUGUAGCGAGUUGGCAGACGCUGGCUGGGCUGGGCUGCAGUCAAACACACCAGUUACCAGCGCUGACAGGAGCCUGCCAAGUGCCAACUUAGAGAUGAUGACGCAUUCUGAAUUCUAAUGAACUGCUUUAACCUUCAGGAAGAAUUGUAAAGACAUGUACAUAGCACAACGUGACCCGGAGAAUAUCUGUCCUGCCCGUGUCCACCCCCAUCCACGGUGUACCAAAUGAUGCUCUCGUAGUUAGACUAAGAAUCGUGUACAUUCGAAAGAUUUUAGCAGGUUUUCUCUCUGUUCACUGUUUCAUUAUCAGUUUAAAGAGACUUCUUAAAGCAUGUCAGAUUAAAACCAAUUAGGAUUAAACUUGUCCAUCUACUUUUCCUUUAAACCAUUGAGGCUUCAUUAAACGCUUUCAUUUACUAGACUUUUGUAUUUUCUUUGUUUGGAAACACUUCCCCGGGCUCUCGUCCCUUCUGCCAGAGCCUUUUCCCGUUGUGUAGUUCAGCUUCCUGACUUGAAUGAGGACCUGCCAGGGACGGCCAGCCCGCGGUGCUCUCCUCCUGUCAUCCAAUCACGCACGUCUUCGAUUGGGUGUAGCAAUAAUCUUUCUGGCCGUCAAGCUCUCGCGCCCACUCUCUUGGGCCAAAGUCAGUGGCUUGGAAUUAACCCCAGGGCUUUUGGGGUCCUUUGUUGAUGCUGGACUCACAAAAGCGUGGCCAGCUGGAAGCCUUUCCCACCGAUAACUUCUGGGUUUGUGAUUGAAGACGCUGUGUCCCCCCACACCCUCCCCAUUUCUCUACACCUAAUGUACAAAGAAAUUGCGAUGUAUAUUUUCAUGUAACUUGAUUUUUGGAAUUCUGUCACCUUAUGUAGCGAGUUCUUCCAAAAUACAAUUUUUUCCAAUAAUUGUCCAGGUGUUGACUUUUUCUGUACUGAAUAAAGAUUAACAUACUGAAUAAUACCCGAGAAGUGCAGUUUAGGAAAAUCUCAGGUUGAUUCCUUAUGCAAACUGAAUACUUGAAGCCCCCAUGGCCAUGGCAGUGUGUGGAGGUCUUGGUAGAAGUGGGUGUGUGAGGGUGACGCGGAGAGCCUGGCGCCCAGCUGGUGGGUCAGGUGCACAGCCAGGAGAGAGAGCUGCUGCCGUCCUAAUCGGGGAGUGUGGGAGCCCAUGCCCGCCCUCUCCUCGCUGAGGAGGGACAGGAGCAGGGAACUGGGCUCUCCUGGCAGGUCAGAGCUUGGCGGAGCCCCGAGGCUGAGGCGCUCCUGUCCACGGGAGGCCCCAUUCGAGGGACAAGGGUGUGGCCGCGGCUGAGAGAGAGCUAGCUCAGAAUCAGUUCUCCCUCCUCUAGAGCCAGGAGGAAACCCUUCCUGGAAGGGAGCAGGACCCACUCUCCUUGCCUGUACCCAGGCCCCAAGCCACAGCGGCAGGGGUGUUGAGCACACCCCUCGGUGGGGUCACGGCGCGCAGCCUGCCCCCGUGAUCUUGGUGUGAAAGGACUUUGACAUCCAGUGUCAGUGUGGUGUCUCCUUCCCAGGGAGGGUUUUCUUGGCCCGUGGCAGUCCCUGCCACGGCUUCUGACCCUUCCGUUUCCAGUGUUCUGAGGAGGACUGCUGCCCACACAGUGCUCAGGGUCUCUCCCGGGGCUCCCUCAUGGUCACUCAGGGAGUAGGGAAGGAGCAUUUCAGUGCCCCUUAGACCGAGGGUGGGACGAGGCGGGGCCUGGCCGCCCCUCGUGGCACUCCAGGGAGUGGCAUACUUACCCAAGGAGAUGUCAGGACUUCAUUCCUCCCUCGGUGGCAGGCAGGGGUGUCAUCUGUGCCUUCUUUUCCCGUCUGACCACUGCGCCAGUUACCUCUCCUUUGUGUGGCAGUGACUAGCGCGGAAGCAUCAGGGCAGCCUGUUCGCCUCGGACCUCUCUGUUAACAUGAGGCAAUGUUCUCUUCAACUUGGUGCCAACAACGUGGACGUGAGAAUUACUGUCAGGACUCUGGAACUGUUGGCUCUUUGCAUCCUCUCUCGAGUUCUUGGGUGGCUCCUCCCAUCGGAUCUGCUUCUUCUGGGAUGGGGGAACCCAGGGGCCUUCUCUGUGCUUCAGGCCUGUGGGAAGUUGGGUUCUGAUAUUCCCACUGCCUUGGGGAGAGGAUUCUGCCCACCUUGGUAGGGCCGGACAAAGGACCCAGCCUCUCAGUGGGAGUUGGACUCUGGCUUGGGCAUCUUGCCCACAAUGCAUCCCCCACGGAGGGCAGCAUCCCCGCGUCUCUUGUGCAUCCAACCCCUGAGUGCGUGGAGUGGCCCCUCCUCAGCAUCUAGGACAUUGGACUGAUGUUACUUCAUUCCCGCGUUUUGAGUUGUGUGGUUCAUUGAUUGUAUUUCUUGCUGUGCAUUCUGUUGUGAGGUUUACCCUAUUGUAAAGCACUCUGUCACUCAAUAAAGGAUGGCUUCUAGGUGA